UUUCGCUCUUCUUUUCAUUUUCGAAAUUCAAUUUUGUUUGUCUCAACUCAACAUUUUUCAUUAAAUAAUUCUCUUCUUCCAUAUAUGCAUUUCUUCUGCAACCUCUCAUCAUCAUCAUCAUCAUUAUGGUGGGUCUUUACUCUUCUAUAAGACCCAUUGCCUCCUCUUCUUCAUCUUCAUUUCAACCCGCUUUCACUUCUCGUCUUCUCUUUCUCCUUACCCUCCUCCCUCUCACUCUCGCUUCUUUCGCUUUCAUUCUUCAAUGGCGGGGCGAAUUCGCCGACCCGGUUGCUCGAUGGUCCCCCGAUCACCAUGAUUUCCCCGGCAUGAUCAACACUCUAACUGACUUCUCCGUCCGGAAAUUCGGGUCGGGUUGCGUUGACCUUCUGGGUCGGAGCAACAAUCCCUCGUUCCCUUAUUUUAGAGACUGGAAGUUUGAUUUCGGGUCGGAUCUGAAGCCUAAGAUAUGUAUUACAUCAAGCACUUCUGCUGGCCUAGAACAAACUUUACCAUGGAUCUUUUAUCACAAGGUUAUUGGUGUUUCAAAUUUUUUUCUUUUUGUGGAGGGCAAGGCUGCCUCUGCUAAUGUAUCCAAAAUUUUGGAAUCAAUUCCAGGGGUGAAAGUCAUAUUCAGAACAAGAGAAUUAGAGGAACAGCAAGCUAAAAGCCGCAUCUGGAAUGAGACUUGGUUGUCAAGCUUCUUCUACAAACCAUGCAAUUAUGAAUUAUUUGUGAAGCAAUCCCUGAAUAUGGAGAUGGCUAUUGUCAUGGCAAGGGAAGCGGGCAUGGAUUGGAUUUUUCAUCUUGACACUGAUGAGCUAAUACAUCCAGCAGGAACUCAAGAUUACUCCUUGAGAGAAUUGCUGUUAAAUGUACCUGGGCAUAUUGAUAUGGUCGUCUUCCCUAAUUAUGAGAGUAGUGUUGAGCGAGAUGAUAUCAAGGAACCUUUCAGUGAGGUGUCUAUGUUCAAGAAGAACUAUGACCAUCUUCCCAAAGAGACAUAUUUUGGCAAUUAUAAAGAUGCAACCCAUGGAAAUCCUAACUACUUUGUAACGUAUGGAAAUGGGAAAUCAGCUGCUCGUAUUCAAGAUCAUCUUCGUCCGCAUGGUGCCCACAGAUGGCACAACUACAUGAAGAACCCAAAUGAGAUCAAAUUGGAUGAGGCUGCUGUCCUGCAUUACACAUAUACCAAAUUUUCUGAUUUGACUUCAAGACGUGACCGGUGUGGCUGCAAGCCUACAAAGGAGGAUGUUAAAAGAUGCUUCAUGCUGGAAUUUGACAGAGCUGCAUUUAUAAUUGCCUCAACUGCAACAGAGGAGGAGAUGUUGCACUGGUAUCGUGAGCACAUUGUGUGGACUGAUAAAACCCUGAAUGUCAAACUUCUGAAGAAGGGCAUCUUGACUCGCAUUUAUGCUCCCAUGGCCAUUAUUAAAGCAAUGAAAGAAUCUGGGGCUUUCAGUUCGGUAAUUGCAUCAGUGGAGAUGGGCCUCUCAAAGGAUGCGUUUUUACCAUCCAUUGAAAGUAGCAACACUACUAGAGAAGUUAAGUCUGGAAUAAUGUCAUCAAGAAAGAUUGGUCAUAACAGUAAAUCUCAGGCAACUGCAAGAAAGGUCUUGAAGUUUUCUAAUGAUGUGACUUACACUUCAGCAAUUCCACCACAAUCUCCUCCUGGCCUGGAUGAAGUUGACUUUGAUACAUAGUCCAUUACAGACCACAAUUGAGUGAUGCCUAAUUUUUACCUGGCUUCUGUGUCGAAGAAGGAUCAAAUUUUGAAACAAUGUCUAAAGAGAGAGAGAACUCAAGGCAGUGUUGUGAUGUGGCAUCACAUUGUUCAGUUUCAUGGAGCUCUUCCCGAUCAUUACCCAAGCGCCGAUGUACAUUUCAGGUUUAGAUUGUAGGUUUUAUAGAGUUAGAUGUAGAGCGGGCUUUUUUUUUUUCUUAUUACAUUUUAAAAAUUGCUUUGGAUUACAACUUUGGUUCGUAAUCUGAAGUUAUAUUCUGUCAUAUUUGUUUAACCACAAUUUACAUUGUUUAGGCCCCAUUCUUCUUCAUAUUAAAAAUGGUCUUCUUCAUUGCAUUUAGUCUUAAUUUUUUUUCCUGCCUAAAACUGUUGCUCUUCUUGUAAUUGGUCUUUUCUCUUGAAUUUUCUGUGAGACAUUCUAUCUAUGAGAAUAGCAAUUUAUUCA